AUGACGGCCGAGACGCACCUGCAGGGCGUGGAGAUCUCGGCCGCCCAGUUCUUCGAGAUCUGGCACCACUACGACUCCGACGGCAAUGGAUUCAUGGACGGGAAGGAGCUACAAAACUUCAUCCAGGAGCUGCAGCAGGCGCGGAAGAAGGCAGGCUUGGAUUUAACACCUGAAAUGAAAGCUUUUGUGGACCAAUACGGGAAGUCUACUGAUGGAAAAAUAGGUAUAGUUGAGCUUGCUCAGGUAUUGCCAACAGAAGAGAAUUUCCUGUUGUUCUUCAGAUGCCAGCAGCUAAAGUCAAGUGAAGAUUUCAUGCAGACAUGGAGGAAAUAUGACAGCGACCACAGUGGCUUCAUUGAUUCUGAGGAACUUAAGAGCUUCUUGAAAGAUUUAUUACAGAAAGCAAAUAAGCAGAUUGAAGACUCAAAGCUAACGGAAUACACAGAAAUAAUGCUCAGGAUGUUUGAUGCAAACAAUGAUGGAAAGCUGGAGCUUACUGAACUGGCCAGACUACUCCCUGUACAGGAAAAUUUUCUUAUUAAAUUUCAGGGUGUCAAAAUGUGUGCAAAAGAAUUCAAUAAUGCCUUUGAGAUGUAUGAUCAAGAUGGCAAUGGCUAUAUAGAUGAAAAUGAACUUGAUGCCCUACUGAAGGAUCUCUGUGAAAAGAACAAAAAGGAAUUAGACAUUACCAACCUUGCAACAUACAAGAAAAGCAUCAUGGCCUUGUCUGAUGGAGGAAAGCUUUACCGAGCAGAAUUGGCUCUUAUUCUCUGUGCUGAGGAAAACUAG